UCAAUUUUCCCCCAAUUUUUUGGCGUUCAAUUGGUAAUUUCGUUUCUCUGUUUUCCUUUGUUUCUCUUUCCUACUUUCGUUCAUGGAGUCUGGUAGACACUAGUUUCUCAAAUCAGUCUAUUUUAUUGUUAUUGUAGAAGACAAGAGUGAUUGUGGAAUUUGAUCGUUGUUGAAGGCUUUUUUUUUUUGUUUUUUUUUUUUCUGCUUUCACGCGACUUAUUGUAGAAGAUUCGUGAUCCCAGUGCUUUUUGUAGGGGGAACUGCUGUUUUGUACUCUUGUAUAAGGAUUAUUUAUACUUUUUAGGUUUUGGAGGAGAUUGUCGCUUGCUUUUGUAUAGUGGAGGCUAAUAUGAGUUGGUUCUAGAGAAUUCAAGGUUGUUGACAUAUGUAGGAUAAUCUGGGGAGGUGGAAAAGCCCUCCUCUUAAAUGGCAGAAGAUGGUUUAUGGGCUAGUGGAUUAUCUUCAGGGUUAGCGUUAAUACUAAAUGGUGAAGAUAAGAAAGUGAAUUCGCAAAAGAAUCGUCUUGUUUCCUAUCAUGAUGAGUUUGGACACCAAUCAUUAGAGCGGACACUUGAAUAUAUAUUCGAUCUUCCUUACCGAUCAAUAGAACCAUUGAACGGCUCACUUGAUGUCACUUUAGUCCGUUCUUUAGUUAAGCGCAUUAUUUUGAAGUUUCCGGAGCAUCUUGGUUCUCAACCCCUCAAUAAGGAUGGCAUAUGUAUCUUUGACCGUGGGCAUGGAAAUGUUGUUUCGAUUGAUCAAUCUAGUAUGUGUGGAGAUUUGCGAAUUACUAACCCUCCUUUGUUGCUGGAAAGUCUGGCUAUUUUCAGCAGUGCCAGAGCAAAUGCUUGUGUUUGGCAAGGUAAAUGGAUGUACGAAGUGAUGCUGGAAACCGCAGGGAUUCAACAACUUGGUUGGGCUACUGUAUCUUGUCCCUUCACCGACCGUAUGGGGGUUGGUGAUGCUGAGGAUUCUUAUGCCUUUGAUGGAAAGAGAGUUAAGAAAUGGAAUGAGGAGGAUGAGGCAUAUGGUCAGCCCUGGGUUGUUGGUGAUGUUAUUGGAUGCUGUAUAAACUUAGACGAGGACAGGAUUUUGUUUUACAGGAAUGGUAUUUCACUUGGAGUUGCCUUUGCAGGCAUUAGGAAGAUGAGUCCUGGAAUAGGUUAUUUUCCUGCCGUAUCUCUUUCUCAGGGUGAAAGGUGUGACUUGAAUUUUGGUGCUCGACCAUUCAAAUAUCCAAUUGAAGGCUUCCUUCCUAUCCAAAGUCCUCCACCUGCAACUUCACAUGCGUCACAGCUUUUGCACUGCUUAUCAAGAUUGUUGGAAAUAAAACGCAUGGAAAGGUCUGAUUUCACUUCUGUUGAUAAAUUGAGAAGGUUGCAGAGAUUUGUUCCUCUGGAGGAUAUUUUUCACCCUGCUGCUGAUGCUAUAUGUGAUGAGUUCAUCUCUGUCCUUAAUGAAGAUGAGAGGGGCAUGGAAUAUAUAGCAUGGGGUCCAUUUUUAUCAUUUCUCAUGGAAUUAUAUGGCCUGCAUUUACCACAUGAUCAUUCUAGCUUGGACAAAGUUCUUGACAUUGUUCUGUUAUUUAGAAGCUCCAGCUUACUAUUUACGCAUUUAAUCCAUGCCCUUUCUUAUGGUUGCAAAACAGCUUCAUUAGUUCUAACAGAUUGCCCGUAUUCUGGAUCUUACUCAUAUCUUGCAUUGGCUUGCCAUCUGUUGAGAAGAGAAGAGUUGAUGGUGCUUUGGUGGAAAUCAUCUGUGUUCGAGUUCUUAUUUGAAGGCUUUCUGUCAUGGAAAAGCCCUAACAAGCAUGAUCUUCAGCUACUGAUGCCUUCGGUUUGGUGGCCUAAUUCUUGUGAGGAUGUUGCUCAUGAAAGCAGUAUGGCACUGACGACCACAGCUCUGUCAGAUGUAAUUAGCAAGAUCGAAGAGAAGCACCGGGAUCUGUGUUGCCUGGUUAUCCAAUUCAUUCCUCCUGUGUCACCUCCUCAGUUUCCUGGUUCAAUUUUUAGAAAGUUUUUGCAGAAUGUGUUGAUUAAAAAUAGAGGAGCCGACCGUAACAUGACAUCACCAGGGGUUCUGGGAAACACAGUUUUGGUUUCCUUGUAUUCGGUUAUCCUUCAUUUUCUCUCUGAAGAUUUUCCCAUGGCAGAUAUUUGUGGGUGGUCUAAGAGUCACAGGGUUAAUCCUAAAGAGGAUAUUGGUUUUUUACAUAGGGGUGGUCAACUCAGUUUCCCCAUUGAGUUGCUUGUGAAGAAUGAUCCUCUAAGGAUAGACAUUUCUAGAAUUGGAGGAUCAUUUAGCAAUCUAUUAGAUUUGCAUCCUUUGUCUGACAGGGAGUCAGAAGUUAUAUCUUGGGAAGAAGGCUGCAUGGAUGAUGAAGACACUAGAGUCACACAUUUUACUAGGCAAAAACCAUGUUGUUGUUACAGCUAUGACUUUGAUUUCACAAGAAGCUACCGUGAUCCUGUGAGAUUUAGAGCCAAGGGUUCUCUAGGCCAUAGCUCUUCCAUUCCUGAGCGAUCUGCUCAUGUUGCUGCCGAAUGCAGUACUGGAAGUUUGAAUGAGGAAAUUGUAGACAAACCUAGCUCAAGUGAGCAUCCUCACUCUCAGUUUGGGUACCGACCAGUGCAGCAUUCAAGAAUAGUACCUGACGAGAGUAACAUUUCUUCAGCAACAUUGAGAGAAGAGGAGCUUCUUGAUUUUUUGCUUUUAUUGUAUCACAUAGGGGUUGCUCCAAAUUUUAGGCAGGCAUCCUACUACAUGUCACAUCAGUCCCAAUCAAUCUCUCUUUUGGAAGAAACAGAUAGGCAGAUAAAAGAACGACCGUGCAUUGAGCAGCAAAAGCGACUAAAAGAGGCACGAAACAUCUAUAGAGAAGAAGUUAUUGACUGUGUUAGACACUCUACAUGGUAUCGCAUCUCUCUAUUGUCUCAAUGGAAACAAAGAGGAAUGUAUGCUGCUUGCAUGUGGAUUGUGCAAUUGCUUCUGGUGAUAAGCAAAGAUGAUAUUUUGUUCAGUCUUCUUCCUGAAUUCUAUAUGGAAGCUCUGGUUGAUUGCUUCCAUGUGUUACGAAAAUGUGACCCGCCAUUUGCCCCUUCUGCUAUUUUAAUCAAGCAAGGACUGAGUUCAUUUGUCACCUUUGUUGUUACACACUUCAAUGAUCCCAGGAUAUCGAGUGCAGAUAUAAAGGAUCUGCUUCUUCAAUCUAUAUCAGCAUUGGUACAGUACAAGGAAUAUUUGAUUUCUUUUGAAACCAAUCUUGCUGCCACCCAAAGAUUACCAAAAGCCUUGUUAUCUGCGUUUGAUAACAGAUCCUGGAUCCCAGUGACUAACAUUCUUUUGAGAUUGUGCAAGGGUUCUGGUUUUGGUUCUUCAAAGCAUGGCGAGACAUCAACUUCUUCAGUUGUUUUCCAGAGCUUGUUGCGUGAUGUGUGCGCUGAAGAUGAAGAACUAUUCUCUGCUUUUCUGAAUCGCUUAUUCAAUACCUUGAGUUGGACAAUGACUGAAUUCUCAGUUAAUAUUCGGGAAAUGCUAGAAAAGAAUCAUAUUUUGGAGUUCCAGCAGCGGAAAUGCAGUGUAAUAUUUGAUUUGUCUUGCAAUCUUGCUCGUAUUUUGGAGUUUGUCACGCUUGAAAUUCCUCAAGCAUUUCUUUUAGGGAUUGAUAUGCAUUUGAAAAGGUUGACUGAGUUGGUCAUUUUCACGCUAAACCAGAUGACUGUAGCAACUGAUUCUGAGUUCUUUGAUUGGUCAGUGAAAAGGCAUGGUCAGUCUCCAGAGAAAAUAAAUAGAGGCAUGAUAUUGGCUCCUCUUGUUGGCAUCAUAGUGAAUUUGGUGGAAGCAAGUACCGAAUUUGAAUCAAGCGAGCAGAAUGAUUUAAUCGAAGUUUUUGCCAAGAUGGAUUGCCCCGAAACUGUUGUUUUUGGUCUCCAAUAUAUGUUAGAGUUCAACUGGGCUGGUUUUUCCAAAGGGAAAGUUCACUUUGCUAAACUGAGGCAACUUGAGGAUUUCCUAACCCUUCUCAUCAGUAGGAUGGCGUCCCAAGAUUCAGAGACAUCCACAUUCUUGCAAGAAUCAGAAUGCGAUGACAGUUUAUGCUGUAUUUGCUAUACCUGUGUAGCUGAUGCUCGGUUUGUUCCUUGUUUACAUCAAUCAUGUUACGGGUGCAUUACCCGACACCUCUUGAACUGCCAAAGAUGCUUCUUUUGUAAUGCGACUGUUGUUGAAGUCAUUAAGGAUGAAACAAAAACAGUCAUAAACUUCAAAUUAUAAAUCUCAGCUAGUAAAUUUUUUGCUCAGAAGAUCUCAACCUUGUGCCUGCUUCAUUGUUGCAACGAAGGUAACCACAGUGAUUUGCAGCUAUUUUUGCGCGUGCAAUCAUGGAAGAAACAUAUUAUUGUUCUAGAAGGAGGCUCGGGAUUGGGUGUUUGGGGUGUUAAGUAUAGAAAGUUCAAUUACGAUAACUAGAAUGUAAAUAUGCAUGUAGGGAUAAGAGCUGGGAGCUAAACCAUGGAUAUGGAAAAUUUUUGUAGUCCCUUUAGUAUCAAGGACAUUAAUACAUUAUUAUGUAAAUAAAAAAAUAACCAAGAACAUAAAUAGUAACAAUGUUCUCUCUACCCA